AUGCAUAUCCCAUACACUUGUAUAAAUAGACAAACUCGCGUAUACACGGGUCCUCUCUCUAACCCCAUUGAUCCAUCCAGGUAUCUGGCGCCGGAGGGAGCGACACAAAUAUACAGAGAGAGAAAGCAAUUGAAACUCCAUCGUUGGGGAAAAAUUGAUAACAAUUGUCGGAUUUUGAUAUAGAAAUAGUACAUAGGAGUCUCCUCAAUAAUUAGACAGAGGGAGCGGGAAGGAAGGUCGUAAUUAAGUUGGAUGGUGGGGUGGUUUUCUGGGGAGGAGAAGGAGAUUGAGAAAAGGAAGAAUAUAGGAGUAAUUAAUAGUAGUAGCAGCAGUAGUGAUAAGGGAAUGCGAUUGGGGAAGUAUGAGAUCGGGAGGACACUUGGGGAAGGCAAUUUCGGAAAAGUGAAGUACGCUAAGAACAUCGAUUCCGGACAGUCAUUCGCUCUCAAAAUCUUGGAGAAGACCACUAUCACUCACCUCAACAUCACCGAUCAGAUAAAGAGGGAGAUUGGCACCUUGAAGCUCCUCAAACAUCCAAACGUCGUCAGAUUACACGAGGUCCUAGGAAGCAAAACCAAGAUCUACAUGGUCCUAGAGUACGUGACUGGUGGUGAAUUGUUUGACAGAAUCGCCUCCAAAGGCAAACUCUCAGAGGCUCAAGCAAGGAAGGUCUUCCAACAGUUAAUUGACGGAGUUAGCUACUGUCACAACAAAGGCGUUUACCACCGCGAUCUCAAGCUAGAGAACGUCCUUGUUGAUGCAAAAGGAAACAUAAAGAUAUCAGACUUUGGCCUCAGUGCAUUACCCCAACAUUUUAGGGAUGACGGGUUACUGCAUACAACCUGUGGAAGUCCCAACUACGUUGCCCCUGAGAUCCUUGCUAAUCGGGGUUAUGAUGGUGCCACCUCUGAUACUUGGUCUUGUGGUGUCAUCUUGUUUGUUAUUCUCACCGGCUAUCUACCCUUUGACGAUCGAAAUCUUGCGGUUCUAUACCAGAAGAUUUUCAAGGGAGAUGCUCAAAUGCCCAAGUGGCUAUCCCCAGGAGCACAAGACCUAAUAAAGAGGGUUCUUGAUCCCAAUCCUGCUACUCGGAUAAAAAUGGCUGAGAUUAAAACACAUGAUUGGUUCAAGAAAGACUAUAGUCCUGCUAAUCCUGAUGAUGACGAAGAAAGUGUACGAACAGAUGAUGAAGCCUUGAGAAAGCAUGAGGCUGAGCCAACCGAAGCAGAGCAAAAGGCAGAAUCACCUACCCUUAUCAAUGCGUUUCAGCUGAUUGGAAUGUCAUCGUGCCUAGAUCUCUCUGGCUUCUUUGAGAAAGAGGAUGUUUCAGAAAGGAAGAUCAGGUUUACAUCCAACCAUUCGCUAAAAGAAUUGCUCGAGAGGAUUGAGGACAUUGUCACUCAGAUGGGAUUUCGGGUCCAGAAGAAAAAGGGAGGGCUAAAGGUCAUGCAAGAGAACAAAGGUCAAAAGAGCCCGGGUAGCCUUUCAGUUGCAACAGAAGUGUUCGAGAUAAGCCCAUCCUUGUAUGUAGUGGAAUUAAGAAAAUCAUAUGGAGAUUCUACAGUUUAUAGACAGUUGUGCAACAAGUUAUCAAGUGAGUUGGGUGUCACACCAAGUCAAGGGCUGAUGACCAUGGAAGUUUGAGGAUCAGAAAUCGCUCGAGCUUGGAAACACCAAUGGAUGAGCCUUGUACAGAUUGAUAAUAUGUUAAAACCAUAAUGAGUCCCUGUAAAUCUUCUUUGAAUUCUUGUUUACACCCUUCUUCCAAUUCUUUGUCGCACCUUAGGAGUAUAUCUACAUGUUCUUAAAUGUGCCGACACAUUCCUUGUUCCUCACAGUCCCAGCCUUAGAGUCAAGCUACAACAUAACCUAUUGUCCACCUCAGCCAUCAAAUGUUUGGGUGCCAAAGCUGGAAGACAUGCUCAAAAAAUUGCAUACAAGCUUGUGAGGAAGUUCAAGACAUUCUUUUGUUGGUUCAAAUUGUAAAGAAGGCAAUUUUGCCAAAUGCUUCUUUUUUCCUAUAAGUGAAAUCUUUCGAAUGUAAUAUUUAUGUUCGCAGUAGUACUUGUUGAUGUAGGAUGUAAAGAGACGAGUGGAAGGGUUGCUGUGAGGAAAGCAUUUCCAUAUAUACCACAAUUGUUCAUAGCAAUGCACUUAUAAGAAGGAAUCUGGUAUCCGUU